AUGAUCGGCGCAGACUCAAAGGAGAGGUAAGUAUUUGUCAUUGCAGCCAAAGAUUCCAGAGGGAUCCAGCUCUACCCUUCAGAUAGCGUAGUCUGUCCCGGUGCGAGCACUGAUGUUACCAAUGACAAACAAUUUGCCUGCCUUCAGUGCAGUCACAGAAUUUCUUCUCCACCUCAUCAGAACUAAUCAUUUCGGGGCGUAGACGAUGACGAUGGGGGCGACUUUGGCUCCCCGAAGAGGCCAGUCUAUGCUCAUGAGGUGGGCGUUCAUGCCCUGCGGUAGACAGGCCAGUCGUCCCAUGACGUCGUUCAGGGUGGCAUAGGCAAAGCCAGUGUCACGUCGCUAUGCAUUUGGGCGACCGCUCCAGACGUACGCGACAGUUGAAGUGCCCUGUAAUCGCCUAUGUUUGUUUAAAAGUGUUAAGCCCUAGCGAAACUGCGGCAAGUUUGGCCUUUUGAGCGUCGUCAUGUGUGCGUGUACGAAUAAGGGACUGUUCCUUAAAUUAUUAUUUCAUGUGUGCUACUGAAUUUAAAUAAGUAGAGAAGUAGGAGUAAUUUGUUUUCGCAAUGAGGUAGUGAACGGAUGACAGUCCGAGGGCUGCUGAACCAGGUUAUCCGGUCUCCAUCACUCCGAGUAGAGGGGAGGUUGAGAAUUAAAGUUAAUGAUCUGUUCACGUAAAUCUAUACUUAACUAAUUAUUGAAAUGUCUUGACGAUUUUAGUAGAAAAUCUUCGAUACUCGCAAAGAGCGAUGACCACCUGGCGCACAAUGGUACGGGCGCCACAUCGGUUACUUGCAAAUUAGUUGAUCAUUAGUGAGGUCGACAUGAGCAGAAACUGCUGCACUUUCUCCGUCCUCAGCAGGUGGCGCGGGCGCAGUGACUGAGCAAGCUGAGAAGUUUGUCUGCGCUUGUCGCACAUUACCCGGUCCGAGCACCAGGCAGAAUGGCACACCGAAAGACGCCCCUAAUGUCCACAAUUCGCCCCACCACUUGGUUGGCGCAGGAUGACGGCUUUAUAACGGCAACAGACUUGCGCAGCACUAUAGACACAUUCUUCUCCCUCACCCCCUUGGCUGACGUGGCAGAACAGAGUCAGAAGGACCGGACGCGGUACCUGACGCAGCUGCCGACAAACCUAAUCAGUCAAUCUACGUUUGCCGCGCACGACCCGAACUACACACGAUAGGCUGGGUUGUCGAAGAAACAAGGGGACAUCGAGUUAGUGACAGUAUCCUUGGGCUCGCAUUGAGAAUAAUUUAUUGCGGCUUAAUACUUCGUCCUGACAGGAACUAUUUAUUCAAACAUAUUCCGGUUUUCAACGCCAUGACUUCUAGCACAUCGUGGUUCCAAAGCGAGUCAGAUCCUUUAUGAUGGGGAACACGCCGAAACGUCGCGGGGACGGAGCUACUAUAGUCAGUCUCUCUCUCUCUUCACUUCCUCGCAUACUAGUCUUUUGUCCCAAUCGGUGAGGCAUGUUUUGUUGGGAUCGGCGCUUGAGCAGACACUGCGCAGCUCGCUCGAAGGAUGCAUGUCUUAAUACAGCCUCAGCGUUGGUCCAACACAGCUCCCGCUUAGCCCAUUUUACGGGAGGUCAAAGUGCCUACCACCUAUGUGAGGUAUAAGUGCUCCCUCAUGCAAAGAUCCACCCACCGUAUCUAUGAUAGCAAAAUAGAUGGCAUGUUUGUCAUAAGAAAAACGGCGCGGAGGGUUGCCAGGAGAUGUCGUGUACACGCUUUUGUGGAGGAAACGCACGUCACCAGGGGGUGUGCGCUACGGUAGGACCAGGUAUGGCGAUGGAGUUUGGACUGCGGCUCUUUAUCGAAAGCCUUCAUGAUGGCCCACACGGUCGCAGAAUUUUAUACGAUGACUAAAUCUCCUUGAGCAGUGUGGGCUGGUGAAACCGGCGCAGCAGGAGUAUAUUUGGACUCCUAGUGCUUGUUCGACCGAUUCAGGGUAACUGAUUGGCAGGGCACUGACCAGGACAAUGAGGGAUUUAAAUAUUUACUGAUAGUAGGAACGGAAUAAACACGUGUCCGUUGAUUGGGUUAUAUUGGCAGUGAGGCUUAGGAUGUGGCGUUGUCGACGGUUGGGAUGCGUCUGGUGAUGAAGAGAGUAGUCCAUGGAAGCGAAGAGACGAGUCCCAGGAAGCAGUCUUGAAGAAGAGGACGAUCGUGUCUUCUUCUUCUAGAACAAAGUAGUGCUGGGGCUGGAAAUACUUUUGAACGGAGGAUGUGGUUGGGUUGUGGUGACGCUAUGAUUAGUCUACCUGGUGGCUAACCUUUUUUGACAUCUUCUUCUACACCUCCUUACCGCUGCUCCACUCGUCGUCAGACUGGUAGGGUGAGUCCGCCCACUCUGGCAGUCUGGUAUGUUCGUUCCCUUUUAAACAAUCCAAGGAGCAACCGACCGGAAUGGAGGACAGCGCUAGUGGCCCGGGAACUGGCGCGCUACAAGGUGGACAUCGUCGCACUCUGCGUGACCCGAUUCUCCGAACAAGGCCAACGGGCGGAAGUGGGUGCCGGUUACACCUUCUGGAGUGGUCGAUCCAAGGCAGAGCGACGAGAUGCGGGUGUCGCCUUCGCCAUCCGGAACGACGUCGUGGGGCGAUUACCCAGUCUGCCGCAGGACAUCAACGAUCACCUGAUGAGCCUCUAUCUGCCUCUCUGGCGGGGUGGGGGAAAAUUCGCCACCAUCAUCAGCGCCUACGCUCCGACGAUGAGCAGCCCCUACGCCGCCGCAAGGGACAAAUUUUUUGAGGACCCGCACGCCCUCUUGGCGACUGUGUCGAGGGCGGACAUGUUGAUUGUCCUUGGUGGCUUCAACGCCCGCGUCGGCACAGACCAUGCUGCCUGGAGAAGAGUGCUUGGUCCCAAUGGUUUUCGAGGCCCAAACAACAAUGAUCUGUUGCUCCUCUGCACCUGCGCAGAACAACGCCUCAUCCUGACGAACACGUUCUUCUGUCUGCUGGAGCGAGAGAAGGCCACCUGGAGGCAUCCUCGGUCGCGUCAGUGGCACCUGCUGGACUAUAUCCUCGUCCGGAGGCGAGAUCAGUGA